UAUAGCACUACUGCCGAGGGAGAAGGCGAGGAAGCACCUGCUUCCAACAAGGAGGUGGAGAAACGGCUUUCAUUUAAAUUUAAAACCGAACUUCUCUUGUGGCUCAUAACGCGUACUAUACAUCGAGUAGGCUACCUUACACGCUCAGGUCCGAUUGGUCUUCUGAUUCGCACUGGACUAGGAGGUGAACUGCUGCGUGUCCGUGUGUGUUUGAAAGCGGAGGAAUUUGAGAAACAUGCUUAACGAGCAAGUUAGGGGAAAAUACGGGACAGUGUAGAAGAUUAUCAGAAUCAUAAAUAGAUAUCGCGCCAGGAGCGACUCUGCGUCACCAAGAAAUAUAAAUGUAGUUUUCUUUACAACGUGUCAUCGACUCUUAUUUAUGUUUUAUGUAUCAUGAUUGUACGUUUUACACAGGUUACACGUUUUAUCGCACUCCUGAGAAUUUGUUAGACAGAGUUGCAUGAACUCGGUUGUAUGGUUUUAUCAGAAGCCAAAAAAACCACAGCCAAGAGUAGCUAUGCGUCAGCGCCUGGGCGCAAUGUGCAGAUUCCAUAUGAAGUUUCAUAUGAUUGUUAAUAAGAUAUGGGUAGCUAUAAGAAUAACGGUUAUUAUAGUGACAGCGGCAGUGGCAGAAUCCCUCGCAAAGGCGGGAUUGGAGCUACAUUUUUUUCGGUAAGAAAAUUGAUGUGUGUAAAGUAGGGAUGCCAGCCAGGCGUGGCUUGUAUUUGAAUAUCCAAUAUGUGAAUGCUUGGGGAGUAUGUAUAUAAACGGCUCUUUCCAUCUGAUAAACAGACAUUUCCACAGUGAUGAAUUGCAAGGGACGAUCAAUGACAGAAUUGACAAACACCCAUUCAAGCACGGGCGAACUACUGCACGGCGGAUACGUCUUGAGCUUCAGCAUCUGCAUGGGUUUGUUUUAUCUCUUUCGCAGUAGGCUAAACUUUGUUCGCAGAGUGGACUGAACUAUUAAUUGGGCAAACAGACCUUCCUACUGUGCGCGAUGGCAGAGGUCGGAGGCUUUCUUGGGGCGCUCGAUUUGGAUUUACAAGGGUUUCCUGCGCUGGGGAAUAUUCCUUUGCCGGAAUCGCCCGUGGGCUUGAAUGAGAGAUUGGGACAGAUUGAAGGGAGGUUACAGCGAGGCUCUCUGACGGAUUUUGGCCACCUGAAAGGCAUUUUGCGCCGUCGGCAGCUGUACUGUCGGACGGGUUUCCACUUGGAGAUAUUUCCCAAUGGAACAGUGCACGGGACCAGACAGGAUCAUAGCAGAUUCGGGAUAUUGGAGUUCAUCAGCCUGGCUGUUGGACUGGUCAGCAUUCGUGGGGUGGAUGCUGGGCUCUACUUGGGGAUGAAUGGGCGGGGCGAGCUCUAUGGGUCGAAGAAGCUGACAGCAGAGUGUGUGUUCCGGGAGCAGUUUGAGGAGAACUGGUACAACACCUAUGCCUCUACGCUCUACAAACACUCGGACACGGGACGCUUUUACUACGUGGCCCUCAACAAGGACGGCUCCCCCAGGGAAGGGGGCAGGACUAAAAAGCACCAGAAGCUCACCCACUUCCUGCCGAGGCCUGUAGAGAUCGAGAAGAUCCCACAGGCUUACAGGGACCUGUUCCAGUACAGGUGACCAGGCGCCUCUCAGUUAACUGGGUUAGGGAUUCGGCUUGGGGAAAGGGGGAGGGGAGGAGGAGUGUGGAUGUAUGAGGCAGGAAGGCUGUCACGACUCCCCUCCUCACCCAUUUGUGUUUGUGUUCGUCUCCUCGUCCAGAGGACGAGCCCUCUCCUGUGGUUACUGAUAUAAACAGUACGUGUGUGUUCCCCGAUGCGUCUGCUUCCUUUCCUUAAUGUGCUCAGAACCACAGGACGGCGGGACAUGUUUUCCUUCUCAGCUUACUGAUGCAAAUAGAAGCCCUACUGUUCUGAGAGGCAUUGCCAAGGGAGCCCUGUGACUGCUGAACGGUGUUCGCCACGUCGUUACCUGACCCACACUGUGUCAUCUGGGACACGAGAUGGUCCCAUGAAGCUCCAUCUAAAAAUGAAAUAAAAUAAAAAAAUUUGAAAUUGACAGCAGUCAAUUUUUCCUCACUCAGCAUGGAUUGGCUCUCACCGAGGCUGUCCUUCAGAUCUAGUGCACUUUGCAGCAGACACGAUCUAAAGUCACGGCGGCGGAGCCUGUUUGGUGGACUCUGAGAUAAGUGGCAUCUGAUGGUGCCUCCAACCUAGGGGCGUGGCCCUUUACAAAGCAAGGGUGGGCCUGAGGCUGUUUGGAAUUUUACAGUGGGAGGAUUGGAAUUAGAGUUUACAAUACACCUGGAUGUGCCUUUGGAGUUCUCAACCAUGCUCACAUUCGAGACGCCCCAGUGCCACCCACAAUGUUGCUCAAACGGUCAGAUUAAAUUUAAUGAACUGACCCAAUGAGUCACUGUGGAGCCCACGUUAGAUGUGGGUAGAGGCAGCAAGCUAUCUACAAUCUAUGUGUGACCUGGGAGAAGGGCAAAAGGAGUGGGUCACCAGACUCCCAGAAGACACCCAGAGUCUGAGAAAAGCAAUGCUGUCUGCUGGUUAAGGAAAGUGUCGUCCUUUCAACCACAAACAAAAUCAAUUGAUCUCUGGGGGCAGGUGAGAAUAGCUCUACUCUCAUUAGUGAAAAGACAGCCAACUGACAAUCCGUAAUACAAAUCAAUGAGUGAGACAAAUAGGGGAAAUGGAAGACAGAAUGGAGAAAAGGCUUGGAUUGUAUUCUCAAUAAAGAGAAGGAAAAUCAAAGGGAGUGCUAAAAGAGCUGAGGGAAAUAAAAAAAAAACUCACCUGGCUCAUUCUCAAAGCUUUGGACCGUAGAAGAAAGACGAGGCUAAUCUCCUGUAGGAGACCUUCUAAGAUUGAUGAGCACUUAACACCACUCUCAGAAUCAUCUUUCCUCUUCUCUCUGAAGUUACUGUAGUCUGCUCAUCACAAUGAAAAUUAAUAGCUUACAUAUUAUGUGGCUUAACCAAAAAAAAAAAAAAAAAGACCAAAAAAACUUAACUAUAAAAGCUGCUGCAAAUAAGCUUGGGAUUAUGCAACUUUCCUGCCAGAGCUGUGAUGCUGCCACAGUGGUUAUGUUAUGUUGUGUUGGCUUUUUGAACUGAGAGUGACUUGUAAUGUUCAAUAUGUCUGGAACAUUAUUAACACGUGCGCAAUGGUGGUGUAAAUAUGGACAAAACCUAUUUAUAUAAGAUGUACAAUAUAUUUAUUUUCUAUACAUAAAUAUAUUUAUUUAUUGCAAAGACUUUAUUUUGUAAUGAACUUGAAAAGUUAACAGAACUGUAGUUUCCUACUGAAAUUGUAAAGAAGAAAAAAAUACUUAAACAUGAACUGAGCGAAUAAGACAAUAAAAUUGUCCUGCUUUUUGAAUGUUCAUUGUGAGUGCCUAUUUUUGCUUGGGGAAAGACCCUCUGUACCAAUUAAAACCUGCUUGUGAGAAACCCAA